AUCUACGCCCCCGGCAUGGCUCGCGUGGGAUGAAAUCCACCACUUAGCUUACCAUAGGAAUAACCUUAGCCCGAGAGUUUCAACGUCCAACGACAACGACGACAAUGGGGUGACGGAAAAUUCUGCGGGAAAAGCCGACGACGGGACGGUGGAAAAUCCAGCGGAGAAAACUGCUGAAGGUGGUACGGUCCUGGACGUGGAGCUGUUCCGGAUGAUCGGGGUCCACCAGCUGCUGCGUCCGGACGAGUACGGCCAGGACAACGACCUAUACCGGACGGCCGCGAAGGUGAUCGUGGGCCUGACGCUCGUGCUGCAGUCGAUGCAAGUGUGCCGGCUGUACCUGGCCAGGCACGACAUAACGAUGUUCGCCUACAUAGGCGUUAUGAUCAUCAACGGGUUAAUGUGCCUGCUCAAGGGCUACAUGGUGGCGGCCAAAGCGGACCAAAUGAGCGCCACGCUGACCGCAGCCAACUACGCGUUCACCAAGUGCGGUGGCCGCGACCCGUCCAAGCUGCGCCUGUGCCGGGCCAGGCUGUCCGCGAUACUCCGCACGUUUGUCGGGCUCAGCUUCGGCACGCUGAUCGUAUGGUUGACCAUGCCGUGGUUCAUGGCGUCCGAUUACGAUGACCAGCCUUUUAUCUGGGGGGUGGUGUACGUCAUCGAGUCCAUCAUACUCACGGUCAACGUUUUUUGCUGGACGUCGUUCGACUGUUACCUGGUAACCAUGUGUUUUGUGUUCGAGGCCCAGUUCUGCACCAUGUCCACCGGUUACGAGACGCUCGGCCGCCGCCGGACGGGCGCCAAGUCAUCGGCGCCCCAGAAAUUGGGCAACGCGAGCACGAUAAACAACGUAAAGAUAUCGGACGUCAACUAUGACGAUUUGACAAGUCACAUUCGUGACAAUCAAAAUAUAAUCAAACAGUACGAUGCAUUUUUCGAUGUCGUUCGUCCUAUGGUUCUGAUCCAAAUAGCCAAUGGAAUGUAUUCCAUAAUCAUGCUGAUAUUUCUGACUUUGGUGACACAUCUCAGUGGUUAUUCGAUCUUCUCUGCUCCAAUUUUGAAAUUUGUCUGUGGACUUGCUUCGCUCACUAUUGAACUGUACAUUUAUUGUUACGGGUUCAACCACAUAGAAGACGGGAAAUCCACGGUGAAUUUUGGACUGUACAGCAGCAAUUGGACGGAGAUGGAUUUGAAAUUUAAGAAGACUUUGUUGUUGGCUAUGACCCUGAACUCUGCUCACAAGCGAGUGAUGAAAGUGUCACCAAAUUCCAUCGUAAAUCUGGAAAUGUUCACAGGGGUGAUGAACAUGUCAUACUCAAUAGUGUCUGUUUUACUAAAAUAAGAGAACACACUUAACAAGUACCUUAAUGCCGAAUACAUCUUGCAAUAUUUGUUCCACAGUUUAGGCGCCUCUUCGUACCUAUAUGAAUACUUAAACUUAAGAGUACUAUACAAUUAUUAUUAGCAUGCUUUAUGGGAUUGAAUAAUUGAUGCACUAAUAUUUAGAAUAUAAUAGUAGAUUAAGUUAAUAAAUUAAAAAAAUUUUCUUAAUUGUUAAUUACAAGAAAUUACUGUAGGUACAGUGCAUUUUUGAGUAUGAAGAUCAUAAUUCGUACAUGUUAUUAUAUUAGUAUUAUUUUUUUGCAUUGUACACAAAUUAUAUAAAUAAUUAUUAAUUAUUGCUUUGAUCUUGAUAAUUAUAAUUAAGUAUUUCAAAAUUUAGAUUCUACACGUCUAUGAAAGUUUCAAAAAUAUUUUCAAACAAGUAACCAAAUAUGAAUCUUUAUACAUUUUAAACACCAUUGGCAGACCGAUCACUGAUAGCUAAUCAUAAUUAAAAAGAUACAUCAAAAUCAGGGUUUAUUAUAGUAGUACAUGUAGUGAAAAAUAACUCAUUAUUAUUUGAUGAUUAACAUAUUAUAUAAUAUUAAUUAAAACCGAUCAAUUCAAUUUAAUAAAUAUUA